GUGCGGUUUGCGCUGUGUUUGAGGCUUCAACAACAGUUUCCUAAGACCAAAAUCAGAAAUUGAGGAGAUGUCUUCAGAAGGGAUCGUGAGUGUAGUGGGGAGUGAGAUGAUGCCCCUGGAUUAUGGGAGCAUGGAUGCGGAGAGCAGUCUGUCUCCAUCUGGUUCGGAGAGGACGGUGGAGGAGAGGAGGGAUCAAAGGGUAGUAGAGGAGGAGGAAAAUGAGAUUCCCUCAAAUAUUUUAGAGGCUGGGGGGGAUGUAGAUGGGUGUUAUGACCCAGACUUAGAUAUAGUGUCCGAGGUGAGGGGGUAUGUGAGUGAACUGGGCAAUAGGAGCAGCCUUAAGGGUCUGGUAGAGAACUGCAACCUCCCGCACCAUGUCCUGAUUAGGCCUGCCGGGGUGAACGAGUUUCCCAUCCCAGAGUUACUAGUUGGGCUGUUACUAGAUUACAGCAUAGGGAUCACCCAACUAACCCCAAAUGCCCCUGAGGGUAAGGGGGAGAAGGGAUGGUACUACUUCGAUCCUCGGUCGUCCAGCAAAGAAAAUAGGAAUUUGUUCUCUGCUGGACCGUCAUCCAUCAAAGGAUGGAAAAAAAAAUUCUUCUUUGUGGAUGACACCGAGUGGAGUAGGAGGGACGCCGAAGUAGAACAAUUGUCUGCUUGGAAAGGGAAGAAGACCAACCCGAAAGCAAUAGAGGCUGCAGAGCUCUAUGGGCCAAGCUCAUUGAGCGAAGUUGAGAUGGACAGCUUUAUAAAUGCUACUGGAGGGUUGCGUAUCCCAAAGAAGCCAAGGAAGAAGUCAAAGACUUCAACUGCGGUAGAGAAGGGGGUGGCAGAAAGGGAGCGGCAGUCCAACACUUCUGCCCGGGCUGUGGAUGUGCAGCCAAGGCUAGACCCUGUAAUGGGGGGCAGUGAGGGGGCGAGUGAGGAGGUGGCACCGCUCCAGAGAAAGAAGAGGAAGGUGGCAGAAUCGGCGGUUAGGAGGGAUGAGCUGGUUGAGUUCGUGCCUCGGCCUUCACCUCCAGAAAAGAGUUUGUUCGAAGCAACGAACACUACUGGAGCAAAACGGUUCCUCAACGCGACGCUGCCUGAGGUGGAUAGGAGGCAAGCGACGCAAGAGGCGGUGGGCCACCUGGGGGCAACUGUUGUGAGGCAUGCCCUGGAGGUCUUACUUCUACUUGCAUUGCAAAGUGCAAGCUGGACAAACGCUCUAGCGCAGGAGUAUGCGGAGAGCGUGAGAGAUCGUGCCAGCUUGCAGAGGCAGUGCGAGCAGCUGCAGAAGGAGAGGGAGGAGCUGCAAAAGGAGAAGGAAGAGUGGGAGAAGGAGAAGAGGGAGAUGCAGAGGAGGCUGGAUGAAGUUCUACCUUCAGUUACCGAGCUCCAGAACGACAACGAUGUCUUGAGCAUGAAACUCGUUCUUGAAGAACGUAAGAGGAAAAUCUGCGAAGAGAAGCUCGAAGCUCAAGACAAAUAUAUUGAAAAUAUGAGGAAAGGAGCGGUGGAGCUGAAGAAGAACGUGAAUCUGCUGGUUCACAACGGAAUGGAGGAGCACAUUGGCAACUUCCUGAACUUCAGCGUCUUCGAGAACAUCAUCAACCUGUGGGAGCAUGACGCAGAGGGACGCACCAUCUUCCCUCCAGCCUUUGAUGCUGAGCUGGUGGUAGUGGAGGAAGAGGGAGAAGAAGAAGAAGCACGAGGUGCUAGAGUUGAGGAUCAGGCAAACCUGGCCGAAGUGCAGCCUCCCGAAGUGCAUCCAAUCUCUUCUGAUGAAGUGCAGCAGCUGGUGCCUCCUGAAGCAGAAGCGCCACCCCUGCCUACUGGAGAUGAGUCACUCCAACCACCUCUUCCUGCUGAGGAGCGGCCUCCCCCCUCAGCAGAUUAGCAAGGGAUAUUUUGUUUUAACUGUGUUUACAAUUUUGUAAUUGAUUUUGAUGUAUUUAUGAAAUUUUUGAAGGUAUUUGUGACUUGCAUAUUUUAAUAUUUGUUUGUUGUUUCUGUUUCAAGUAAAUUGCUUCGGGUAAAAUAAACUGACUUAAGUAAC